AUGGCUUCGUCCCGGCCCUUUGCAUGUGAAACAAUUGCGCUCGCGUAUUUGUUCGCGACGUACGCGCUCACCUAUUGCCCUAUUCCCCUAAUAAGCUUUCAAAACUCGCCUGCCCUAGGUGGUCGUCGCGCCGUUGUGCGUCUCAACGCACAUGUGUGCGUCGACGCGCGUACGUGUGCGUCGACGCGCGUACGUGACGCCGCCGCGUGCGUGUGCGUGCGGAGCGCGUUUCACGAGAUAAAAGACGAUAUUGAUUCCGUGACGAGCCGCGAGCGGGCUGUGGGAAACGAUUCCUGUCUGUCU